UACCUCCACCUUCUCUCCCUGACGCAUGCGUGCUCAAGCAGUGGCCAAAAUAGCCCGUGGAGUAAGUGGCCGCUUUAAAAACCGUCCAGCCACCGACUCCUAAACAGACGGCCAGCAAAGGGAAGUAGAAGUUGGAUUGUGAGCGAUCAAGGUGCCCACUGGAACUUAACGGGGAUUUUGUCAGGAUUUGGAAGAUCUGAACCACCAGUGGAGGCGCCUCUUGGGAUUUCUCGCCUGUUGCUUCGCUUGGUCUCCCGUCUUCGGAUUUGAAGAUGAACGUGCAGGCUUGCUCCAGGUGCGGUUAUGGAGUUUAUCCCGCAGAGAAGAUCAGCUGUAUUGAUCAGAUUUGGCACAAAGCGUGUUUUCACUGUGAGGUCUGCAAGAUGAUGCUCUCUGUUAAUAACUUUGUGAGUCACCAGAAAAAGCCGUACUGCCACGCCCAUAACCCCAAGAAUAACACUUUCACAAGUGUCUACUACACUCCAUUAAGUCUAAAUGCGAGGAAGUUUCCAGAGGCCGUGGGUGGGAUUGAUGACCCAGAAGAUAAUGAGCAGUUUAAAUCUGGUUUUCGCUGGGACAUGAAAUCCAACGGUGAGGCAGGUGCACCUCACAGGCAACCACUUGUGAAUGAGCCAGCCUAUUGGGCUAGAUACGGGGAGGAAGAUGCCUGGUGCCCAGGAGCUCUGCCAGAUCCUGAAAUUGUGCGGAUGGUUGAGGCUCGGAAGUCUCUAGGGGAGGAAUAUGUGGAAGACUAUGAGCAACAAAGAGGCAAGGGGAGCUUUCCAGCCAUGAUCACGCCUGCUUAUCAAAGGGCCAAGAAAGCCAACCAGUUGGCAAGCCAAGUGGAAUAUAAGAGAGGCCACGAUGAGCGCAUCUCAAGGUUCAGCACGGUGGCAGAUACCCCAGAGCUGCUACGGGCCAAGGCAGGAGGACAGCUCCAGGGUGAUGUGACAUACACAGAGGACUACGAGCAGCCAAGCGGGAAAGGCAGCUUUCCUGCGAUGAUCACCCCAGCCUACCAGAUAGCCAAAAGAGCCAAUGAGCUGGCCAGUGUUGUGAGGUACCAACAACAGUAUCAGAGAGAAAUGAGGGGUGUGGCCGGAACAGCUACUGGAGCUGAGAGCGCAGAGGAACGUGGAGACCAGUAUGGUCAGGGUUCCCUGGAGGACUAUGACGGGCACAGGGGAAAAGGCAGCUUCCCAGCCAUGAUCACCCCAGCUUAUCAGAACGCCAAGAAGGCAAAUGAACUCGUUAGUGAUAUAAAAUACAGGCAGCACUUCCAGAAGAUGAAAGGAGCAGCGCACUACCACUCUCUGCCAGCGCAGGACAACCUGGCUCUCAGACGGGCUCAGAGUGUGAACAAGUUGGUGAGCGAGGUGGAAUAUAAGAAGGAUCUGGAAAGUAGUAAAGGUCACAGUGUGAACUAUUGCGAAACACCUCAAUUCAGGAACGUGAGCAGGAUCUCAAAAUUCACCAGUGAUAAUAAAUACAAAGAAGACUACCAGACCCACAUGAGAGGCCGCUAUGAAGGGGUUGGCAUGGACAGACGCACCCUGCACGCUGUGAAAGUUGGCAGUCUAGCCAGCAACAUCGCCUACAAGGCUGACUAUAAACACGAUAUUGUCGACUACAAUUACCCCGCCACUCUGACGCCUUCCUACCAGACAACCAUGAAACUGGUCCCCCUGAAGGACGUUAACUACAGGCAAAGCAUUGACAAGUUGAAGUACAGCUCUGUGACCAAUACUCCGCAGAUUGUUCAAGCCAAAAUCAAUGCUCAGCAACUGAGUCACGUGAAUUACCGUGCAGACUACGAGAAAAAUAAGUUGAAUUACACUUUGCCACAGGAUGUGCCUCAGUUGGUGAAGGCCAAAGCCAAUGCUGAACUCUUUAGUGAGGUUAAGUACAAAGAAGGCUGGGCGAAGACCAAGGGCAAGGGAUUUGAGAUGAAGCUGGAUGCCAUGCCUCUGCUGGCCGCCAAAGCCUCCGGGGAGCUGGCUAGCAACAUUAAAUACAAAGAAGAGUAUGAAAAAACAAAAGGCAGAGCCAUGGGAACCGCAGACUCCAGGCUUCUGCACUCCCUGCAGGUGGCCAAGAUGAGCAGUGAGGUUGAAUACAAGAAAGGCUUUGAAUAAAGUAAGACCCACUUCCAACUGCCCAUGGAUAUGGUGAACAUCAGCCAUGCCAAGAAGGCCCAAGCCCUUGCCAGUGACCUUGACUACAGGAAGAAACUGCACAAGUACACCGUACUGCCUGAAGACAUGAAGACUCAGUGGGCCAAGAAGGCCUACGGGCUGCAGAGCGAGUUGCAAUACAAGGCUGACCUGGCAUGGAUGAAGGGAGUCGCCUGGCUGACUGAGGGGAGUCUCAGUUUGGAACAGGCCAAGAAGGCUGGACAGCUGGUCAGCGAGAAAAACUAUCGGCAGAGGGUUGAUGAACUAAAGUUCACCAGUGUGACCGACAGCUCACAGAUGGAGCACGCCAAGAAGAGCCAAGAACUGCAGAGUGGGGUGGCCUACAAGGCAGGGAAUGAGCAGUCUGUCCAUCAGUACACCAUCAGCAAAGAUGAGCCUCUCUUUCUACGGGCCCGAGCCAAUGCUGCCCAACUCAGUGAGAAACUGUACAAGAGCAGCUGGGAGAACCAGAAAGCAAAAGGAUUUGAGCUGCGUCUUGACUCUUUGGCCUUCUUGACAGCCAAGGCCAAGAGGGACUUGGCCAGUGAGGUCAAGUACAGGGAGGAUUAUGAGAGGUCCAAGGGCAAGCUCAUUGGAGCCAAGACUGCCCAGGGGGAUUCGCAGAUGAGCCACUCGCUGCACAUGUCCAAGCUGCAGAGUGACCUGGAGUACAGGAAGGGGUUCGAGGACUCCAAGUGUCAGUGCCACAUCUCACUGGACAUGAUCCACCUCGCGCAUGCCCGCCAGGCUCAGGCUUUAGCCACAGACAUCGGCUACAGGACGGCGUCACAUCACUUCACCUCUCUGCCCACAGACAUGAAAGUGGAAUGGGCCAAGAAGGCUUACGGCCUGCAGAGUGACAACCAAUACAGGGCAGAUGUGAAGUGGAUGAAAGGCACGGGCUGGGUCGCCACCGGGUCAUUAAAUGUGGAGCAGGCGAAGAAGGCAGGAGAACUCAUUAGCGAGAAGCUGUACCGUCAGCAUCCAGAUGCUUUGAAGUUUACCAGUAUUAAAGACACUCCGGAGAUGGUCCAGGCCAGAAUUAGUUAUACCCAGGCUGUGGAUAGGUUGUAUAGGGAACAGGGAGAAAACAUCAAGCAUCGUUACACGCCGACUGCUGAUCUCCCGGAAGUGCUGUUGGCCAAGUUGAAUGCCAUGAAUAUUAGUGAGACGCGUUAUAAGGAGUCCUGGAGCAAACUUCGAGAUGGUGGCUACAAGCUGAGGCUGGAUGCCCUUCCGUUCCAGGCAGCAAAGGCUUCCGGCAAAAUCAUCAGCGAUUACAAAUACAAAGAGGCAUUUGAGAAAAUGAAAGGACAGAUGCUUGGCUCCCGGAGCUUGGAAGAUGAUCUCAGCCUUGCACAUUCAGUACAUGCGACCUCUCUGCAGAGCGAUGUAAAUUACAAGAAAGGCUUUGAGAACUCCAAGGCACAGUUUCAUCUGCCACUGGACAUGGUUACCCUGGUGCAUGCCAAGAAGGCACAGACCCUGGCCAGCGACCAGGACUACAGACAUCCACUGCCCCAGUAUACCUCCCUGGCAGAAGACUUGAGGCUAAGCUGCGCCAAGCAGGCUCACAGACUGCAGAGUGAGAAUCUGUACCGGUCGGACCUGAACUUCAUGCGGGGCGUGGCCUGUGUCGUUCCUGGCACAGUGGAGAUUGAAGGCAGGAAGAAAGCAUCAGAGCUCAUCAGUGAGAGUAAAUACCGUCAGCAUCCCUGGUCGUUCAAACACACAGCCGUGACAGACACUCCCGACCUUCUGCAUGCAAAAUUCACCAACCAGAUCACAAAUGAGCGCCUCUAUAAAGCUGCUGGAGAAGACAUGAGACACCAGUACACGAUGACCCUGGGCUUGCCCGAGUUGAUCCGGGCAAAGGCCAAUGCAGCCAACCUGAGUGACGUGAAAUACAAGGAGUCUUGGCACAAUCUUCGUGCUCAAGGCUACAAGUUGACAACGCAGGCGCUCCCCUUCCAGGCUGCCCGGGCCUCUGGAGACAUAGUCAGCGAUUUCCUCUACAGACACGAUUUUGUGAAGGAGCGGGGAAAGUUCAUUGGAAUCCAGAAUGUCCAUGAAGACCCCCGGCUGCAGCACUGCCGGCGGAUGGGCCAGCUGCAGAGCGAGCUCCAGUACAGAAGAGAGGCGACCAGCAGCCAAGCCCAGUGCCACCUCCCCAUGGACAUGAUGCAUUUGGUCCACGCCCGGAAGGCCCAGGCCCUGGCCAGUGACCACGACUACCGCAUACAGUGCCAUGAAUUCACAGCACUGCCUGAGGAUCUAAAGAUGGCCUGGGCCAAGAGAGCCCAUGCCCUGCAGAGUGAGUGGCGCUACAAGUCAGACCUGAUGAACAUGAAGGGAACAGGAUGGCUGGCGCUGAGAUCCCCACAAAUAGAAGGUGCAAAGAAGGCUGCAGAACUCAUCAGUGAGACCAAAUACCGUAAAAAACCAGAUAGUAUUAAGUUCACCACGGUGGUUGAUUCCCCAGACUUGGUUCAUGCCAAAAACAGCUACAUGCACUGCAAUGAGCGUCUGUACAGGUCAGGGGAUGCCGAAUCCUUGCACAGAUACACCCUGGUUCCUGACCACCCGGAUUUUGCCCGUGCCCGCCUCAAUGCGCUGCACCUGAGUGACAAAGUCUACAGAAACUCAUGGGAGCAGAUCCGAGCUGGUGGCUAUGACUUCAGGCUGGAUGCCAUCCCGUUCCAGACGGCCCGGGCAUCCAGGGAGAUUGCCAGUGAUUUCCGGUAUAAAGAGGCCUUCUUGCGGGACCGGGGCUUGCAAAUUGGGUACCGCAGCGUCCGUGAUGACCCAAGGAUGAAGCAUUUCCUCUACGCUGGCAGAAUUCAGAGUGACAAUGAAUACAAGAAGGACUUCGCCCGGAGUCGGUUCCAGUUCCACAGCCGUGCAGACCAGCCAGGCUUUCUGCAGGCCAAGAGGAGCCAGCUCCUCGCCAGCGAUGUGCGUUACAGACAGCCCCUGCCCCAGCCCACAAGUGACCCAGAGCAUCUGGGCCUGAAGCAUGCGCAGAGGGCCCACCAGCUACAGAGCGAUGUCAAGUACAAAUCAGACUUGAACCUGACCAGAGGUGUUGGCUGGACCCCUCCUGGCUCCUACAAAGUGGAAAUGGCUCGACGGGCUGCAGAACUGGCCAACGCAAGGAACCUGGGUCUCCAGGGGGCUUAUGGAGGGCCAGAGGCCAUGGAGGCUGGAAACGAUCCCAGAGGGGAGGUGAACCCAGACGCCACCGAAAUCCUGCAUGUGAAAAGGAAGAAGGCUCUGCUAUUGUGACCAAGCAGUGCCCGUGCCAGUUCUUAAGGGAUUAGUUGGAAGAGGGAGGAGCCACACUUUAGACGUCUCCUUGUGGAUGUGCCAUCACAAUGGCACACCCACCCAUCUCCAGCUCUGUGUUCAUUAAAACAACAACUCUGAAAUUAUCUGGAUGCUGUUGU